AUGGAUUCUUCAUUGAAUCGUCUAGUCGCCCACAGCAGUCGACAGGGCCAGUCGAACGAUACCUCGGUCUCGGUCGUGGCUAAUGCGAAUGCGCUCACCAUGCCACCCUUCAAGUAUCCCUCGUGGCCACAGCCCACCUUCGACCGUGUCCAGCGGACCAUCAACGACCUCCCACCGGAAAUUCUGUCAGAGAUAUUAUUUCUCAGUGAAUUCCACGACUCCAAAGAUCCCGACGCCGAUGCUUUCGAAGUUGCCCAGCAACUCAGCACGGUCUGCCGCCUGUGGCGGCACAUCAUGCUGGACCACUCGGAGAUCUGGGCAAGAUGCUUCAAAGUCGUCGAUACCCCGCGGAAGAAGAUGGAGAUGAUCCUGCAGCGCGUCAGAGGCGACCGUCUCGACUUUGAGCUGCCUGCGCUGCCUCUGGUCUCCGACCCGGAGACUGGGGAUGUUAUUUGGCCGUCCAUGGUCGAGUUUUGGCAGACGUCGGAGAACGCUGAUCUGCUCGACAAGGCUAUGGCCCAGUCGCGCAUUUUUCUGGCGGAGCUAUCGAUGGCUGACGCGGAUAUUCUGCAGUGGGGUCCUAUCAGCGCGCGUCUUCCUCUUCUUCAGAAGAUCUCGUUGGAGAACGCACGCUAUCGCGACUGUCUGGUGUUGGACCAUCGUGGCUUGUACGAUAAUGAGCGGCAUCCACACUGGCACACACGCUCGCUACGUCUGGUUGGGUGUUUUUUUCCUAUCAAACCCACAUUCUUUUGUUUUUUAGAAAAUUUAUGUAUAAGGGACCUCGAUCCUGUUACAACAGCUUUGACACCGCAAAGCUGGCUUAAUAUCCUCGCGGCACUGCCGCGCCUUCGUCGACUUUCGCUGGAGGAUGCUAUGACUGAUAGCGAGGCACAAUCAGCCUUCCCUGAUGAACAUGACGACAUUAUAAUGGAUGUACCCAGUGUCAACCUACCUACGCUGGAUGAAUUAACUAUUAAAUCCCGCUUCCACCACAUAGUCUCUCUCAUCACACGCCUCGAUAUCCCAGACACCUGCAGCGUCCACAUAUCCUUCCACUCCCUUUUUCAAAUCAACACAUCCACCUUCGGCACCUUCACCUCCUGGCUCGAAAGCCGAUACAACCACGACGCCCCCAUCCUCGGCUCCACCAUCAUGCUGCAGAUGAGCGAGCUGGCAUGCGCAUUCUCCAACACAAGCGCACAGCCGCACCUGGACAUCCGCGGCGAGUUCAUGCGCGAAUUCGACGAGCGCGGCGCGGUGCUGCACGAUGUCGACUUCACACCCGACGAGCUCCUCUUCGCGCUCCUCGCGCCGCUCCAGGCGCCCUGCCGCCACGCGACCGAUCUCCGGCUAUACAUCGUCCACGAAUUCGACCCGGCGGAGCACCAGACCUUCUGGAUGCACGCGUUUGCGCCGUUCGCUGCGGUCGAGACGCUGUGGCUGAUGUCGCACAAUAGCUUUUGCUUCAUGGGCCCGAUGUGCGAGGACGGUGGGCUGAUGCAGUCUUACCAGAGCGAGCAAGGCGUGUGGAAGACGAGAUUCUUGUUGCCCAACUUGCGCUCGCUGCUGACGCUGGAUGUCAACUUUGCCGACCCAGUUUCGGGGUGGGACAACGUGUCUCUGGGCACGAUGCUCUUGAAUCUCGUCAAGAAAAGAAAGAAAGCUCGCAGGGCAAGAUUGACGAACGCCAUAAUCAAGGAAGCAAGUUUAUUGAAAGGAAAUACAGGCAAACUACCCGCUGCUGCAGAACAGGAGGGCUUGAUGGCUUAUGCUGUUCGCAUCAUUCAGUGA